AUGAUCUUCAGGGAUUUCUCCAAAGGAGUGAUCUUCUCGGCACAGACUGCUGUCGGGAUCCUGGGCAACUUCUCACUUGUUUACUGCUACAUUUUCCUUUCCUACACGGAACACAAGCUGAGGUCUACAGACUUGAUUCUCAAGCACCUCAUGAUGGCCAACUCCUUGGUCCUUCUCUCUAAUGGAGUUCCCCAGACGAUGAUGGCUUUCGGGUUCAAACAUUUCUUCAAUGAUUUUACAUGCAAACUUACUUUGUACAUUCAGAGAGUGGGCAGAAGUGUGUCCAUUAGCAUCGUCUGCCUCCUGAGCGUCUUCCAGGCCAUCAAGAUCUGCCCCAUGAACUCCACUUGGAAGGAUCUCAAAGUGAAAGCCACAAAAUACAUCACUUUUUCCAUUUACCUCUGCUGGAUCCUGUACAUGGUAGUAAACUUAAUUUUUCCUAUAUAUCAUUCUGGAAAAUGGAACAAAAAUGUCACAAAGAAAAGAGACGUACAAUACUGUUCUACAGACCGUGACAAAAUCAGUGACUCACUAUAUACAGCCUUGUUGGUAUUCCCUGAAGUGUUAUUUUCUGUGCUCAUAAUCUGGUCCAGUGGCUCCAUGACUCUCAUUCUGUACAGGCACAAGCAGCAGGUCCAACACAUUCACAGCGCUCACCUUUCCUCCAGGUUGUCCCCUGAAUCCAGAGCCACCCAGAAUAUCCUUGCUCUGGUGUGCACCUUUGUGUCUUUCUAUACCCUCUCUUCCAUCUUGAAUGCAUGUGCUGCUUUUUCGUACAAUUCCAGUUGGUGGUUGGUAAACAGCAAUGUCUUCAUUUCUGUGUGUUUUCCAACUGUAAGCCCCUUUCUUAUGAGCCGUGACUCCCAGGUAUUCAGACUCUGCUCUCACUGGGUGAGGAACACAAUCCCCUAA